AUGAACAUUUUUCAUAAAAUAGUGCAUAAUAAUUCUUUUGACAUAAAAAGACAAUAUUUAUUAACUUGUUGCUGUAAAAGGCGUGAAUUUAUUUCGUGAAAAAGAGGAAAAUAAUAAAAUCGUAGAAUUAAUAAUGUCACUGCAUGUGCUACCUUCGCAUGCUUUACCCAUUAAUGAUUUUUAAUUUAUGGGCAAUUAAUUUGAACAAUUUUCAGAAAUAAAGACAAUAUUUACGGUAUUUAAAUUUGUUGCUCUAAAAGGUUAGAAUUUGCUGCUAUAAAUAAAUAAAAAAAUGUAGAAAAUCAAUAACAUCAUUGCACAUGGUGUCUAGUGUUUGAUUCGAAUUCUCUCUUGUUUUAUCUUCACAAAUUGUGGGAUGCCCUCGCACCGUUUAUAUCUACAGGCACUUAUCCCAACGCUGCAUGCCCUUCCACCAAGGGAAGGGACGUCAUCUCUCCCCUCUCUCUCUCUCUCUCUUUCCGUGCCUGAGACAGCACAGCGGGAGAGACAGAUAAAGGAGUGGGCUGAGAUGGGCGGCACCUCCAUUGUCAGCCCUUGUUGUAGAACGUUCUCGUUCAGGGACACCCCCCCCUGUGCCUCGAGUCAUCAUCACCAAUCCCGCCUCUCCUUGGUACUCCACUGUCGGCGGCGGAAUCUCUGCUGCACUGUCUCGAGGGUCUCUUGCCGGUCGGAGAUGUCGUCGCCGGCCCUUCCUGCCCUCCCCGAGAGUCGAGUUGUCGUACGUGCUCUAUCCAAAACCCCGUACGGCCACCGAUAUGUAGAAUUCGCGGAAUUGACGGUGUGGUCGACGAAUGCUGGCAGGUAGGGUGCGGGGGGAUUUCCGUGGAUUACCUGGCAACGGUAACGGCCUUCCCCCGACCCGAUGAUAAGAUCCGGAGCACGAGUUCGAAGGUAAUGAUGUUCAAACCGCUAAUAAACCCGAACACUGGAGAACCUCCCUCAAUCGCAUCCUGUACAAGGAUUAUCUUUGUAUCGUCCUCAAUGACUCCCACUGGGUAUGACCUUGCUGAUUUCCUCCCGUGUGAGAAAUUAAUGUGGUGGUAUAUCGAAAAAUACGAAAUAUCUGAUAGCCGGUAAUCAUCGACAAGUCUUCGCAACACUUCUGAACAAUUCGAUUGUACCGAGCUAGUUGAGCACCGUGUACUCUGUGAUCGGAAGCCGCAUGAUUCCCCGUGGCCUUCCUACUUGCUUUCAUCAUCGCUCCCUUGGCAUCUAGUUGAUCACCUUCCACUGCUACACCUUCUUGUGGCUGAAGGGGUCCUAAAUUGGUAUCUUAUGACGGCCUAACCCCUGCCCGUUAGUUACUUCUUUUCUUUCUGCAAGCAAUUAUUCUUGAAUAGUCAUCUACAAGUUGGGUGACUUUGCAUGGAUUACAAUUUCCUUGCUUAACGUUCACUUCUAUCAUUUACCCUUCUGGGAAGCACUAUGAUCGUAAAUUCCUUUCGAUGUCAAGUUGUGGGCUCAUUUUCAAUUUUUUUUCUCAAUUUCUUUGCUUCUCCAUUCACUUUUUAUCUUUGGCUUCAUUUCAAAUGUUUUAAAUCACUAUAUUCGUGGCCAUGUGAAUCAUAAAUUUGUAGAGGGGCUUCAAUUUGUGGAGCAUGUUCAUAAUGUGUUUUGAGGUCAAGAAAGACUCGUUUUACAGGUUCAGGGUGGCGGGAACGUGGGUAAUGCACUAACUGGUGUUGCUCGUUUGGGUCUUAAGCCCAGGCUGAUCUCGAAGGUUAUUACUUUUCAUUUUCAUCUUUUUUUUUUCAUUCUUACUAAGGAUUUCUCUUUCAUCUGUCUAGCUUGGAUUGUAAAUCAGAUGUCUCUCAAAAUCCUUCACAUAUUUUUGUUUAGUUGAACCAUGUAUAGCUAGCUGUGCAUUCUGUUCACUUCAAAUGUUACCGCCUGUUAAUCAACCUUCUCAUGUCCGUAUAUGCAUGUUUGGUCCAGAUAGCCAAUGAUGCUCAAGGAACCAUUGCACUUUCAGAACUUGAAAAUGAUGGUGUAGAUACUUCUUAUAUGGUGGUAAGCACACUAUGCCAUUUCAGCAAAGAAUUCCAUAUUUAUUUAAGCCCAACAUAUUCUUUACGUAAGUCCCUGCUUAUGUUUCCAUUUUUCUGGCCUAAUCUAUUACGACUUUACUUAUUAUGUAUAAUAUUUUGGCGAAGUGACCACCCGCUUGGUCGGAAUAAACAUUUUUUUCCAUGGCAUGCUUGCCUUUUUUACGUCCCUGAAAUGACAUGUGGAUUACGACAUAAUGUUCAAGCUUAAGGGUUUCAUGUAUUUGUCUCCUGUUUGACAACCCAUGCAUAGUGUCUCUUGAGAGAUCAGAGUUCAAUGGUUGGAAGCUUUCUAACAUGUGAUUACCACGGUGGAAAAGUGGGGAAGUCUCGUAAAUUGUACUGGACUAGUGGGAAUAUGUUAUGUGCUUCCUACAGGUUUCACUUGAUUAUAUUUGCGUUGUUAUUAUUUAUCAUCGUUAAUUGAAAAUAUAUCAAGGAAAUUGUAUUAAAGUUGUUCAGCAAGGAAUUGCCGAGGUUAAGGCAAGGAAGUGGUCAGGACAUGCGUGGUUCUGAGGACAAUAUUGAGGUUAAGUUGUUGCUAUGCUUGAACAAUCUGAGGGCAAAAAACUGUUAUGGUGUCUAACUGUUAUGGUCACAAAUUAUGCAUGUCCAUAUUCUACGGGUACAGUUAGGGAUGUUUUAAACUUCUAGGCAGUACAUUGGACAUCUGCUUUACUAUGAUGUUAGUUAUCAGAUAACCACGGCAAUUAAUUUUCUUCUUCACAUCUCUGUUUCACCAAACCAUGUGAUUGAAACAUAUUUGCCUCUAACCAUGUAUUGAAACUAGUCAUUUUGCUUUCACCAUGGAACCGUUUAAGCCCGCCAAACAAUCCUAAAGCCAGACAGAUUUGGUGACCAGUUUUGUAUGAUCUUUGGGCAGAUAUUUUUUUAGUUAUUCUCGUGAUGAAAUAUAAGGCAUGUUCCUCAAAACUGGACUAAUUUAGGCGUGCCAAUACCCUUGUGAUCUAAAUUUUGGUCAGGAAUGAUCAAUUAAUCAUGAAAUCAAUAUCGAUGGUAGCUCAAGGAGUCUGACAAUAACUCAAGCGGAUAAAACUGGGACACGGUCCUGAAAACAUCCUGAGCUGAUUGAUCAAUUAUGUCUGGGGCAGUUCCAUGCUGAUUUUGUCUCGGUUUUUCGAGGAAUCCCUGACGUGUCUUUUGAAUCUGGACAGGUUUUAUCCCACCACAACCCAGUACUGCGGUCAAGUACUUAGCAGAGUAGAAUCCACGCUUAUAAAGUAGCAUGUGUCAAACUCCAUCACCAAUCUCCCCUCUCAACUUUCAAUGAAGAAACCAUAAUGUUUCCAUCUAAGUCUCCUUUGUUUCUAUCAAAGUGCGCAAGAAAUGCUCUCUAUAUCACCCAUCUGUAACUACAGAUGGAAAAACUGCAAAGGGUCUAUCUCCCCUGUUUCCUAUUGUAUGUACAGGAAAGAAAAUCUCCCCAAAAGGAAACUUUUUUUUUUAUGGUUUUCUUCAUAUGCACUAACGAUCAGUCUUUUCUUCGAAUUUAUUAUUUUCGUUCUGUGGAUUUUCUUCUCACUUUUGCUCUUAUGUUCCAGGUUUCACCGGAGGGAAAUUCACCAUUUACUUAUAUAAUUGUUGAUAGCCAAACGUAAGAAUCUUCUCUUAACUGCAUCUCCUAUCUCACAUUACUAGAACUAAUAUCCCAUAUUUAUUUCCCACUGUUAUUCAUCUUUACACUAAGUUUUUUUUAUCAGACAUGAUAUCCAUGUUGCUUUCGCAAUCUUUGAUUAACUCAAUUUCUUGGAAGCUUCGUGUGAACCUCGUGGUUCUACCUUUAUGCUUAAUUUUUUUCAUGUUUUCGUUGUGUUGUUGAAUGAUUAGGUUUUUAUUACUUUUUUAGCCUAGAAAUUCAGGUGUGCCGCGUAUGAUGUAGAAUCUGAAAUCCUGAUGAUUUCUGCUUGAAGAACUUCAUAAACAGAAGUUUUCAUAAUCUCAUCCACUGGAAGUUAUACGUUAGAUAUGAAGAAUUUGAAAGAACACCGCAAAGGGUUGGUAAGAAUUAUGUGUACAAGUUUCCCACGCGCAGGCUUAAUUGCCUAUUCGUCCUAUCUUCAGGAUAUCAGAUCACCAAACAAAGGGAUUGCAGUAAAGAUUGGUACACCCCUGCUUUAUACGACCAGCUUUAUCCCUAGAUAAAUGGUUAAAACAAGGGAGAGCGAUCAACUUAAACCUGCAGAUCCCCAAGCUUGAGGAUCCGGCCAGAUGGUAUCAGAUCUAAGGACUCUACUCAAAACGUUAGAUUGUAUCUUGUUGAAGGGCAGUUAUCAAUGCUCUUCCAAAUCUCAAAAAGGAUGAUGUAAGAUUACUUGGAAUCCAGGGUUCCAUAUACAAUACUGAAGCUGCUGCAAACAAUCGAACAAGACUCUGCAAAUGUAUAAAUGACAUUUUCUGCUUGCAUAGAGAGGAGAUAUUAGAAUAAAUCAUGAUUUUACCAAGUGAUGCCCUGUAGAAGCCGCAUGGAUAUACAAGCAACAAUGCACUUGGCAUUCAAUGUUGUUGAAAUUCUGCGUAGUUGUUCUCCAGAAUUACUUUAGUCUCUGCCUUCACAUGAUGGAGAAAUUUUUUCUUGUAUAAUAUUCCAUUUUCGUAAUAGAAAGGAAAAUUAGGUUGAAAUUCAUGGUCCAUUCCUUACUAGUUAUAUGUCAAUAGAGGAGGGGGUAGUACUACAUAUGAACUACCAUGGGCCUACCGGGUCCAUAUUCCAAAUGAUUAUCUGAGACCUACAUGACACAAUGUUGGCCUAUUGGGUUCUACACUCUAUCGGACGCUAACAUGCAUCAUAGUGUUUUCUUAUCUUUUAUCUUCAUGGAAUCAUCAUGUAGCUGUAUGUUUUCCACUCGGUCACAAUGCAUUUCUCUUCUAGUAGUUGACGGCAUGAAUAUUAGAUAAAAAAUUGAAGAAAGAAACACAGCCAUCAUAUUUAUCACAUGCAUUGUGAAUCUCAUUAUUCUGGAACUUUCACCAUUCAAGUUUCUACUGAGAUUUGAUUACAGGAUUUCCCUAUUGGUAAACUUAAUCCUUGUGAUCAUUGAUGAGAAAAGACAGUCGUCUUGUGAAAGUAUUUUACAUUGUUUCUGUCAAUGUAAUUUCAAGCAUAAAAGUUGAUCGAUUGAGUUUUUGGUUAUUAUAUGCAGGAAAACUCGUACAUGUAUUCAUACGCCGGGUUACCCUGAGAUGCGGCCUAGUGACCUUCCCCAAUCGAAAUUAUUAUCCGCCUUGAACGAAGCAAGGCUCGUGUAUUUUGAUUGUAGACUGCACGAAACAGCUCUAGUCGUCGCUCAAGAGGUGAUUGUCUUCAAUUUUCUUCUAAUAAUGCCAUGAUGAUGCAUUCCAUUUCAGCAGCUUCUAUCAGUCUGGCCAAUAUUAGUUGGAACAUUGGAGAUGGGAGGAAAUAUUGAAAAAACGAUGAGAUAAGAAAAAGGUUGAAAACCUCUCCCCUCCCCUUCCCAGUGGAAGCACCCAUUCUAGAAUCGAACUCAGAUUUUUCAUCUCUUGGUUAUAUUCAGUUUAUCUCCCUGGUUUCAAGAAAGUGUAGUCCUAAUCAUAAAAUCCUGUCUCUUAUUUCUCAUCUGGAUCAAUUGAUCUUUUAGGAAAAUUAUUGAGGAUUUGUAGGUAAAAUAUCAAAUAUUAUGCGAGGACAUGACGGAAUUUUCAAGAUUCUUGAUACCGACAGGCUUCAUGAUUUGAAACCUUGCCUGGUGUUCUAGAGCCAUUCACUGCUCACCACGAAUCUAGUGAUCCUACUCUCGACCAGUUAAGAUGUGAUUAAUCCUUGGCCUCUUCAGAAUAUUAAUCAUCAUCUGUACAGUAGCCAACAGAACAUCAUGUCAAUUAUUUGAUCAUCUCUGUGAGAGUUGCCUCUCAGUUCACCUCAACGCAAUCUCAGAUGGCUCCCAUCGACGUAAAAAGAUGUUUAAUGAGUAAUCGAAGAACCUGAUCUGUUAAAGGAAAUAAUACAAUGCUUAAAAUUAUUUUAUGGUUACUUGAAUCGUGUAUUGUAUCUCAGCUGGCACAUUUGAAAAAAAUAUAAAAAAAUAAAUAUUUUUUUCAAAUAUUAUAUGGAAUAGACAAUGAUCGUUGUUAAUCGAAAUCUCCUUCACUUAAAUACGCGACACUGUUAAUGCGAUGACGGUGCAAUCCUAAUUAUGAGAACCUUUGAUUUAAUUUUUAUUCUUUUUCCUAACUUAUAUAAAGAAGUCUUCUCCAAGUUUCUAUCACGACAGAGUUACAUCAUCGGUCCUCUAACCGGGUCUUCAUCCCCAAAUGUUUUGCCGUAAAACUUAGUACACUGAGUUAAUGCUCAUAUUGCAACUCAUUUACAAGUGCAUUGAUUUGCCUGCAGUUCUUAACCAGAAUUUCAAAAUUAUUCAGUGCAGGCAGCGAGAAUGAACAUUCCUAUCCUAAUCGAUGCUGAGAGAAGGAGAGAAGGCCUAGAUGAUCUCUUAAAGUUGGCAAGCUAUGUCGUCUGCUCAGAGAAAUUCCCCCAGGCAAGCAGACAACUAUUAGAAUGAUAGCCUUGUGACCAAUUAAUCUCCUCUUCAUCAGGAGGUCCUCAAUAGGGUCUAGGGUUACUUCUCCUUGCAAUCUUGUGAUUUUCAGGAGUGGACUGCAGCACCUUCGAUCCCCAGUGCACUCAUGUCAAUGCUUCUUAAAUUGCCCAGCGCGAAGUUUGUGAUUGUGACCUUGGGAGAGAGAGGCUGCAUCAUGCUGGAGAGGGGCACUGAAGGUGAGCCUAGGCCGACCUUCUGUUAACUUUUUUUUUUAUUUUAAUUUAGUUUAAUGAUAUUUUCUCGGGCCAUUCUGAUAUCCACGUGAUCCAUUUACCUGUGGAUCUUCUCUUCAGGGGCACCAGACUCGGGGGAAAUGGAUGUGGACAGCCUGCUGGCCUCACUGAAGGAGAAGGCUGAGGCGGAUAAUCCCAUGCCGACCUGCAUUUCCUCUGAGGUUAGUCGAUAGAGAAAAAUCUCUUCUGGGUCUCAAAUCAUCUGACAGUUGCUGGUUAUAUACGAUUUGACCGACCUUUUAUGCCCAUAUAGAGCAAGAUCAUAUAUAUUCGAACGAUUUUCCAAUGCAUUAUUUUAAUUCGAUUUUUCUUUCAUUGCUGUUAAUAUCAUCGGUGGAAGUGCAGAUCAGAAACAGUCCAAUUUCAUCAAAUAUUAAAGCAAGAAAAAUAAAAAUAAAAAAUCACAUCCUCUUAAAUCGAUUUGCAUUUAUUCUCUGUUGAUGCCAUAAAUAGAAAUGUUGCCUAAAUCAGAUUGGAGACGGUCCACUCUCAUCAUAAAGAUACAGCUGCACCCAGUAGUUGACAUUGAUUUUCAUUUAUUGCUGUUAAUAUUAUGAAUAGAUAUCCGGUCUAGAUUAGAUCCGAACACGGCCCAGUUUUCAUCCACGUAUUCAUAUUUUCUAUGAAUCCCAUUAAGGUUUCAUUGUAAUUUUGCAAAUUAAUCUGUAAAGUGACUUUUUGGGUGAGGAGUGAAACCCAGCUCCUCCUCUUCUUCAGCAUUUUUUAUCUCCUAAUUGCAGCGAAGUAUGAGAUUGAGAUCAGACGGUGUGGGCUCCAUCUGCGGGCGGCUGAUCCUCGGAACAGCGGAAAAAAUAACGCCUGCAGAGCUGGUUGACUCCACCGGAGCUGGAGAUGCAUUCAUCGCGGCGGUGCUAUACAGUGAGCUGACCGACCCUUCUCUCCCUAUUUAUUUCCUUAUUUAUUUAGUUCAUUAAUCACAUUUUCCCAGCUUAAUUAUACUUUUUAACCGCCAGUUAAGAGAAAAUAAGUACCUUAAUCGGCAUCAACCUCGAAGCACAGAACAUCUAAACUUAAUAAAAUUUCCUAAUUUCUAUAUCUGUGACCCUUUUCCCCCCUAUUUUCAUCGUAUUUGGGGAUUAGGGUUUGGUUACUGACGCCCAUUGUGGGCCUGUAAUCAGGUUUGUGUGCGGAGAUGCCACCGGAGAAGAUGCUCCCCCUUGCGGCCCGAGUGGUAUUCCCACCCUACGCCUCCCCUCCAUUUCCAAUCCCUAGCCCAAUGUCCCCCCUCUGACGGCUCGCUCUUGGCUGCAGGCUGCGGCCGGAUGCCGAGCCCUGGGCGCCCGCACCGGCUUGCCCGUCCGCACCGACCCCCGGCUGGCUCAGUUCUUACUGUGA